AUGUCUCCACCCUCCGGAACGAAAGACUUCGGGGCAACUGAAGGUUUUAUGGCUCCGGAGAUCAUGCGAUACGACGGCGAGGAAGAGUACAACGAAAAGUUUUCAUGCCAUGAAGGUCACGAGCCUGUGAAGGAAGCCGUAGUGGAAGAUAAUGAUGCUUUAGAUCACCGGCUUAGGCCCGUUUAUAAAUAUGAAAAUCGAAAUACCAAUAAACAUCCUAAAAAGAAGAUGCAUAAAAAGCGUCAAGAGUAUAAGUUGUCAGAAACUGAACCUAUUGCACAGUUUGAUUUAGCUAGUUUUAUACAAAGUCCCGAUAAUAUUGUCGAACGUACCGGGUUGUAUGUAGACUCAGCUCGUAAAAGAAGGUUGCCUUCGAGGGACUACAGUGAAUAUGAAAGUAUAAUGAAUUCGAAUGCAGAUGACAAGCUGCAUGAUAAUUGGGACGAAUAUAUUGGAAAAGCGCAGGAUAAUUCGGCAGAUGCUAAUGAAAAAGAUAUACCUUUUAAAGAAUCAAACAAAUAUAAAGAUGCGGACAAAAUUAAAAAAGUAAAUUCACAGCACGAUCAAGAGUACAUUUACAAAAAUACUUAUCAAGAUGACACCUUUGAGAGAAGCUUACAUCAUCCACAGAAAAAAGGGACUCUAAAUUUAAGGUUCCCGUUUUUUUCCCGUAAAAAGCCUGACUCCUUGAAAUCUACAAAAAAUAAAAAGCGGAAAACAGCUGCACCAAAGAAUUCUAAAAUUGAAAAACCAAAAGAACUUAUAACAGUGAAUGGCCAGAUUUUAAAUAUUGAUAAAGAAAUGCUUAACAACAUAGAUGGUCCAAAUAACCUCAAAAUUAACAAACGCUCUUAUAGCGUAAAAUUGUGUCCCAGAUGUAAAAGAAAAUACAUCGAGAGCCUUAAAUCGUUCCCUAGAAUUAGACGUGUCUCGAACAAUAUUAUUCACAACAGUCGACAAUUUUAUCAAAAGGCCAAAGAAGUAGAAGGUUUUAGUAAUAAGUACAGUUCCGGAAGCAAAAAAAACCUUACUGUUUCUCCAAAUAUACGUCACAAAAGGCAGCAGUCGAAUGAAGAUAAAGAAAGACAGAUGAAAGAACUUGAAGAAGUCGAGAGAAAAAUUGACAGCGUGGUAAUAAAUCCGUCUGCAACUCAAAAGAUUAAACUCUUCACUGCAAAUAUUAAAUUAUGA